AUGUCCACGGAACCCACUCAACCUCUUCCAAACCCGCCCUUCUACACCAUCCCCAACAUCAACAACCUCCGCGACGCAUCCAUCUCCCUCACAACCACCUCUGGCUCCAGCAUCCGGCCACGCAUCCUCUUCCGCAGCGCCGAAGUCUCCAAACUCGAUUUUGCGGGUUGGCAAGCCGUGCACUCGCUCGGCGUCUCGCACGUCUUUGAUCUCCGCUCCAAACCCGAAGUCGACAAGGGCUGGGCGGGCAUCGUCGGCAAAGAUGCCUCGGGCGACGGCGACGACGACGUGCGCCCGGGCUGGCUGCAGGCAAUGGAGCAAGCGGGCGUAGCGCGCUCGUGGGUCCCCGUCUUUGAAGAGAGUGAUUAUUCGCCUGAGCGCCUGGCCGAGCGCUACUCAAAGUACAUGGAUGAGGCCGUCACGGGCUUCGUCGACGCGUAUCGCGAUAUUUUGGCAAACGGCGGAAGCGCGUUUGGUAACGUGCUGAAAUAUCUUGCGGCUAUUACCGCUGUUGGGGCGUUGGUGCAUUGUACGGCGGGCAAAGAUCGCACGGGCAUGUUUUUCGGGUUGCUAUUUGACUUUCUGGGUGUUCCGCGUGAGCAGAUUGCUGAUGAGUACCAACUUACUGAGUUGGGGCUUGCGCAUGUUCGCGACGAGGUUGUGGCGAGGUUGAUGCAGAGCCCGGGGUUUAACAAGUAUAUGCUGGCGAGUAUGGAAGGGACGAAGCUUUCGGUUGAGGAUAUUGCGACGAGUCUAAAGGGUGAGGAGCGACAGGUUCAGGUUCAGGUGCCGCCUGAGGUGCUGGAGAAGGGAAGGCAAGCGGCGCUGCGGAUGAUUGGGGCAAGAAAGGAGAGUAUGUUGAGGAGUUUGGAGAUGCUGGAUGAGGUGUUUGGGGGUGCAGAGAGGUAUUUGAAGGAGAAGUGUGGACUAAGUGAUCACGAGUUGGAUGCAUUGAGGAGGAAUCUUUUGGUAGAGGGACAAGCGGUGUAGGGGCAUAUGAAGAAUGGUUCUCUUUGAGCGAUAGAUUAGAGGCUUAACCUAGAAAGAUAGAAAUCACAAGUCAAGUCUUGCAACUCCUGGAAGGAAUAUCAAGUAUUUGC